CAGUCGACAAAGAACCAUGAUGGCGUUCAAGUUUCCACGUGUUUUUCUGCCUUUUCGCUUGCCUAGACCGCCGAUCCUCCCCAAGGGCAGCCGCGGCACCCACAGCGGCGCUGGCUCGGGGGCCGGGAGCGGCGGGGGGAGCGGGGGCAGCAUCAGGGACGCGGGGGGGUCCUUCGGGAAGCUGGCCGUGGCGCAGGAGGAAGAGUAUUUCCGCAGGAAGCAAAGAGAGCAACUGGUCAAGCUCCGCCAGAAGCUGGAGAGCGAACGGGACGCGACGGCCAAGAGUCCACCAAUCGUCGAAGACCCAGAAUGCGGUGGGACUUCAACCCCGAGUGUCAGCUACGCGGACUCUCGUGACGACGGCCUCAUCAAGGACCAGGUUUUCCUCCAGCGCAAGCUUGAGGAAUACGAAAACCUUGUGAAGCAUCAGCAGGAAGAUAUCCGGAGAAUGCUGGAGUUGGUGGAUGAGAACGUGCGGAUCAUCAGCCACUUCCAGGAGGAGAUCGGGUUCCUGAAGUCGACGAUGGAGAUCCAGAAGCUGUUUCCCGAGUUGGACCUUGGGCGUGAGCCGCGCUUCGAAUGCUUCGAAACCUUAAAGCCUCGAAAUGGUAGCUUCGAGUCGUAACUCUUCCCAGUAUUCAUUCGAGAUCAAGCCAUUCGAGUCACUCAACUCAUUGUUAUUGUUAUUAUUAUCUUUAUUUUUAUUGUUUACUUUUUUUUAAACUCCAUACUUCUUA